AAGGCUUUUCAUGAUUCUUCUCUUCUUCCGCAUCCAGAACUACUCUGCGUUCUUCAUCUUUGUUGAAUCACUAUCGGAUCAAAAUUUCCAGAUCAAAUUCUUCAGUUCUUAUUGAUUAAUAGGUUGUAGGUCGGACGCAGUCUACACCACGCCGUUCGUCCAGUAUCCAGAGGGCCUCAUAAUUACCGUAGACGGCUCUGUAUGCUAUGAAUUGUUAAUUGAUCUCAAAAGGAUUUGGAUAUGAGCCGUAGCUGGGGAAAGCUUCCUCGUUGCUCUGUCGGCAGUAUAUCAUGCCAACAAUCUUUCAUUACUUCUGUAUUCUCAACUUCAUCCGGCAAUGGUGGCGGAUGUGGCCGGGGAGGCGGUGGAUUCGGCUCCGGUAACUCUUCUGUUUUUGGAUUUACACCAAACCAAAAUGAGUCCAGUGAUGCAAAGGAUGACAAGUCAGCUUCUGCAGGGCAACAUAGUGGAAUUGGGCACGGCCGUGGUAGCAGCAAGCCCUUAUUUUCAUUUGUGCAUGAUAGUAAUGGCCCUGCUGGACGCGGCCGAGGCAUCCCAGGCCCCACUUCUGCUCCACGACCACAAUCUCAGGAGCAGAUGCCGCCUCAACUGCCACUUUCCAACAGGCCUUUGUUCUUUGUAAAAGAAGAAGACUCUCCGGAUUUCCGAGCCAAAGCAUCUGUUGAGUCCAGUGGUGCAGCCAGUCUCCUUCCUUCGAAUAUCAUCUCUGUUUUAUCUGGUGCAGGCCGUGGAAAGACCAUUCGAGCUUCUCCUGAAAAACCCAAGGAAGAAAACAGGCAUCUAAGGGAGAGGCAAAAUCCUCAAACUAGUUGGCAGAGACCAGUUCCCGGUGGCCCUGAAAACAGCAGACCUCCUGGUCAAAGAUUCAACAGAGAUGACACGAGUAGUGGGACUGGUCAUGGUGGACAAGCAAGAGGUGGCAAUGGUGAAUGGAGGGGAAGAGGAGGAACCAUUCCAUGGAGGGGACGUAGUGGGUUUAGUGAACGGGAGAGAGGAGGAAGAGGAGGGAGAGGAGGAAGAGGCAGAGGAGGGAGAGGAAGUGGAGAGGGUAAAGUACAGGAAGAUGUUGGUGAGAAAUAUGGUGAUAUCUUUAACGUUGGUGAUGCUGCUGCUGCUGAAAAGCUGGCUCAAGAGAUUGGUCCUGAUAUUAUGAGCCAAUUAGCUGAAGGCAUUGAAGAAAUUGCUCCUAGAAUUUUUCCAUCUCGUAUCGAGGAUGCUUAUCUGGAUGCUCUUGAUACCAAUUUAAAGAUUGAAUGUGAAGAAGAGUACAUGAUGGGAGAUUUUGACAGGAAUCCCGAUAUUGACGAGAAACCUCCUAUUUCAUUGCGAGAUGCCCUUGAGAAGAUGAAGCCAUUCCUUAUGGUGUACGAAGGAAUUGAAAGCCAAGAAAAGUGGGAGGAAGCCAUGAAAGAAGCGAUGGAGGUCAGGCUCCCGCUUAUAAAAGAGAUAGUUGACCACUACAGUGGCCCUGACAGAGUAACAGCAAAGCAGCAGCACAAGGAACUGAAAAGAGUUGCAUCUACUCUUCCACAAUGCGCACCCAGUUCAGUGAAGAUGUUCACAGACCGUGCUGUUCAGUCACUUCAGAGCAAUCCGGGUUGGGGAUUCCACAAAAAAUGCCAGUUCAUGGAUAAACUGGCAUACCGGGUUUCUCAGCAAUAUAAGUGAGAACCAUACAGUGUGUUCACUCAGCAAUAAUUUGUUUAAAAAGAUGAGAAGGCGAACAUCUGUUUGGGUAUUGCCUCAUCAAGCGGACAUGCUGUGUCACCCGUUUACUUCGAUCGAAAUCCACCGCUGCUUUUUUGUUUGGUGUUUUUCUCUAUUCGUUGUACAUGAUGAAGAUGCAGCAUGCAUAGGUGGAAGGGACAACACUAAACAAUGCUCACGGAAUUUAAACAUACUUCGUCGUUUGUGCUCGUGCAUUUUUUAGCAAGUUUAUAUUCAGCACUAGUUUGCUAUUUUUUUAUUAAUAUCAACGGAUUGUAUAAAAGUAUAAACUUAUUAAAUUAUUGGUGUUCUUUGUAAAAAUGCAAGGGUUGACUUUGUCCAAAAUACUAUUAAAUUUGUCAAAGUUGACAAAGUUUAUACUAAUAAUUUGAAAGUUUAUAAAAGUAUAAGCUUUUAUACAACUAUUAAUUACUAUUCAUUACUAAGUUUAUAACCUAUUAAUUA